AUGGUGAGACCCGUCUCUGACCUCUGGAAGCAUGUGAACAAGACAUCCGACGCCAACGUAGUUAGUGCAACAUGCAAGCACUGCGGAGAGGCCGUUACCGCUAACGCGACACGAAUCAAGGAGCACAUUUACGGGACUCCUUUGAACAAGUUGAAGAACGUGACGAUGUGCGAGUCAGAUCCCGCUAAGCUGCUGCGAGCGGAAGCCGAGCGUGAGCGUUCCUCCACAGCGGGCUGCUCUAACCGUGCCUCUUCGUCUUCGAAUGAGCUUCAGCCCGCCCGUCGUGCUAGGCAGCGCGACAUCCGUGACAUGGCGGAUGACCUUGCUCGCGGUCGCCUAGACUACCUUUGGGCCGCGGUUGUGGCUGAGAACGACUUGGCGUUCAACGUAUCCAAGUCGAAGGCUCUUCAGGCGUUUGUGGACGCCGCCGUCAUCUACGCCAAACCGUACACGCUCCCCACGCCGUUCAAGGUUUCGGGCCCGCUGCUUGAGAAGCUCAAGGCGGAUACCGAAGACCUUGUUCGCCCAAUCAAAGACAGCUGGAACAUUAGCGGGUGCUCCCUCUCGGUGGAUGGCUGGACAUGCUUGAAAUCCCGCGGCAUGGUAUGCGUCAUUGCUCAGAACGACACCGCUCCCGUCAUUGUUGAUAUCGUGGACUCCAAGACGGCCAAGAAGACCGGAGAGUACCUGGCGGCCCUCAUUCGCAAGGCGAUCUGCACGGUGGGGGACAGGAAAGUCAUCCAGGUUGUGAUGGACAAUGCGUCCAACAACAAACGCGCAGCCGACAUGCUUCGUGAUGGGUUUCCUCAGGUGUUCUUCACGAACUGCGCCGCGCACGUGCUGGAUCUCAUGCUGCACGACAUGGGAAACAUUCGGGUGGUGAAACGUGUCCUGACUCAAGUACAUAGGGUGGUGAUGAUGGUGAAGGGAUCCGCCUCUGCCGUCGUAUUGUUCAGAGAGGUUUUCAGCAAGUUGUCCUUGGUCCGCCCUGGUGCAACGCGGUUCGGCACCCAAGUGAUUAUGAUCGGCCGUUUUUUGGAGGUGAAGCGGGCGCUGCGGGCGAUGGUGAUUAGUGAAGAGUGGGAGGAGGUGGCGGUGGCACGGACAAAGGAGGGGCGUGCGGUCCGCACGCUGCUACUGGACGACUUUUUCUGGGACUUAGUAACGGCUGUCCAUCGCCUCAUGACUCCGGUGUAUGGGGUGCUUCGGGUGGUUGACAAGAGGUCGCUCAUCAUGGGGGAGAUAUACGGCCGCAUGAUAGACGCCACAGUCCAAACGAACGAGGCGGCUGAGGCGGCUGGUAAGCACUAUAAUGCAGUUGGUCUUCACAACGCCUUGCAGGCGUUGGGUUGGCUCCUCAACCCCCGCAACCAGUACGUGGGGGCGGUGAGGAACGACCGUGAGACCAGGAAAGGGGCGGAUGAGGUGAUCAAGGCCCGGGGUGUGAGCGUCGCGCAACGCACAUUGCUCCACGCUCAGCUGGCCCAGUUCCACAAGGGAGAGGGCCGGCUUGGCUCCGAUGACGCUCGUUGGGCUGCCACGACUUUGGUGGAGGGCGGGCGCCUGACUGACACGGAAUGGUGGUGGAUGUACGGUGGGGAGGUCGCGGCGCUUCAAGAGCUGGCUGUAAUGACUCUAUCACAGCCAGUGACCUCAUCCGAGGUGGAGAGGUACUUUUCCGCGCUUGCUCGUGUGCAGAGGCGGGACCGGAACCGCCUUGCCGCCACCAAGAUGACCGACGUCACCUACGUCGCCUUCACGAGGAGGGCUCGUGACGCCUUUGAUCGGAGGCAGGGUGUGCGUGAGAAGCCGUAUCGUGACCUGACCGACGGCACCCUCAAGGAGGGCUGCACCAUCGCCCCGGGAGCAGUGGUGGAGGAAGAGGAGGAGGAGGAGGAGGAGGAGGCAGACAGCAGUGGGGGGGAGGAAGGUGAGACGUGCAAGAAGACCCGUGAUGGAAGCGAUCCUUGGGACCUCAGUGAUGGUUCUAGUGGGGAGGAGGAGGAGGAGGAGGAGGAGGAGGACGAGGAGGAGGAGGACGAUGAAUAG